ACUCGAUACUGGAAGUAGUCACCGGUGUUUUUGACUUGGAGACUGACACGCGACCGUUGCAGCGUCGUCAAUAUUAAUUCGGUCUGACUGUACUCGUGUCAGAAUGCAGAAGGUUAUGUCUAACGCGACAAUUUCUUAUGCGGCAACGCGACGAUAUCCUGACAUUCAAUUUACCAAGUUUCGGAGGAACACAGAUGUCGAUUUUCUACCGAGGUGUAUUGAUCGUUGCAACUUAGUUUCGAUCGAGUCGGCGGUGGUCAAUAAUUUUAAGGGACUUCUGUAUUCAAGACUAGUUUACUUAGGGUUUGCUCGGGUACAUUCGCCUACCUUCGCCGGAAUUAUAUUGACCCACAAUUCAUGAAUAUGAUAGUCGCUUACGCGUCAGUUUUUGGCGCGAACGAUUUCCGAAACGUUUCUUCGAUUCUUUUUCAUCUGAAAUUUCCAGACAAAUUCAUAAUCUAUAGAGAACUAUUAUUCCUCUCACGUCGUUCGUAUAUUCUCUUAGCUUUAGAGAAUGAGCUUCUAUUAAUUUCGGUAUUCAUCAGAUGAUUAAAAAGAAUUGAAUAAGUUUUCGAGGAUAUAUUGAUCGGGCGAUGAGUUUUCGCUGCUGGUUACUGACGCCUGCUACCGAGCCCCGUCCUUUCGCAAUUUGUAAACGGCAAGUGAAUAUAUGAAUGGGACGAGGCGUUUGAAUCGACUGAAUGUGUAGGUGAUAAGUGAAAUUACGUAGGGUCAGAUUGUAAAAUGGUAACAUCCGGCAAUCAAAUCAGCAUUAAAGCGCACACCCUGGCCUAUAUAGACGCGUAGAAUCGAAAGGUUCGUUCACCCAUGCUACUCGAGAGAUCGCUGAGUUUUGAUGCUCGAUCGCGAACAAUAGUUUCGCGAAACGAUCGGUACGAGUAUUCGCGGAAAUUAGGUCGGAGAGUAAUCUGUUGUACGGCGAGAAUUGAGUUUGCGAAGGUGACGAUACGUCGUUUAAUUCGACGUCGAGCGGGCUCGAUACGCGCCGAAAGAUCUCCCCCUUGUGCGCUCGAUCCGUCGACGGCCGGGCCGAAGUUCAGUCGCGCCCUCGCGCUCGACGAUACCGUCUACUGGGACCGUUAUACACCCUAUCGAUAGUUUCUCAUCCUCCGGGCCUCGGCCGGACUAGAAUCUCGUUUUUAUUGUUAUACACUUUCUAAAAAUCGAAUAGAAAUCAUGACUUAUUCGAUAUCAUUAGGUUUAUUGAUCCUUUGCUUAAUUCGGCUUCCAAGUGUCCAUUGUGGGACACGGCCGAGUUUCGUCUCCGACGAAAUGAUCGCGACCGCGGCCAGCGUGGUGAACGCUUGUCAGACACAGACAGGUGUAGCGACAGUCGAUAUAGAGGCCGUGAGAAACGGGCAGUGGCCUGAAUCGCGUGAAUUGAAGUGUUACAUGUAUUGUCUAUGGGAACAAUUCGGGCUGGUCGAUGAUAAGAGGGAGCUUAAUUUAUAUGGCAUGCUCACGUUCUUCCAAAGAAUACCAGCGUACAGGGAAGAAGUUCAGAAAGCCAUUAGCAAGUGCAAGGCGAUCGCUAACGGUGACAAUUGCGAGUACGCGUAUAGGUUCAACAAGUGCUAUGCAGAUGCAUCUCCUCGGACGUACUAUCUGUUCUAACCGAGCUUCGUUCGAAACUGAGAGACCAAGAAUGGAGGCAAACGAGGAAGAGCCGAAUUGUGUCUUGCUUUACCAUGUAAAGGGAUUGUAACUGCAAGAACGUAGACGCGGGCCUCUGUACGAACCGUUUAAUAAAACAAAAUGUUCAAAACA